AUGGGGCUCCUCAGGUUGAGAUACUUCAUACUCCUGAUUAUACUUCCAAUCAUUUGUGCUUCUGACUCAGAAAAUGAUUCAGAGACCAGCUGGCAACAACAGGGAAUGGAGCAAAAAUCCACAAGUACUUUUCCAGAUGAUGCCUCUCCGACGGAUAAUCAGAAUGCAUCUAACGAGGAACGCGUAGGUGAACCGCGCAAGGACGUGGAACAGGAAAGAACAUCGGUGUCUAUGGAUGAUCCGGAGAGUGAAGAUAAGAGCACUUCUAUGGAUGCUUCCCAGUCCCAUUACACAUUCUCCACGAUUCAAACCAUUUUUGAGAUAUCCAACUCCACUCUAAGCGAUGAGGAUGAGGAAAACAAUCAUGGAACUCUGGCUACUGAUAAUGACACUAUCACGGAAAGGGUCAUCACAAAAAUCCAUAACCCACUCUUCCCAGUGACUGACAGCUCGUACAGUGCCUAUGGGAUACUGUUCCUGGCUCUGGUGGUGUUUGCAGUGGGAAUUGUUGGAAAUUUAGCAGUAAUGUGCAUCGUUUGGCACAACUACUUCAUGAGAAGUGCGUGGAACUAUAUCCUUGCGAGUUUGGCAUUCUGGGAUUUCUUGGUCCUCUGCAUAUGUUUACCCGUGGUGGUCUUUCAUGAGCUCACCAAUAAAAGGCUACUUGGUGAUUUUUCAUGUAGGGUUGUCCCCUACGUGGAGGUGACGUCAUUGGGUGUGACCUCCUUCAGUUUGUGUGCGCUGGGUAUUGACCGCUUCCAUGCCGCCACCAGCUCCCUGCCCAAAGCUCGGCGGGUCGAACGCUGCCGCUCAAUCUUCACCAAGCUGGGGAUAAUAUGGGUCGGAUCCAUGGUCCUUGCAGCACCAGAGCUGCUGUUAUGGCAGCUGUACCCAGUGAAGUCAGUCACUCUGGGGGUGCAGGUGGACACCUGUAUUAUGAGUCCAUACCCACACCUUCCAGAGUCCAUCCAGUCCUUGGUGCAUAACUACCACGAUGCUCGAACGUGGUGGUACUUCGGUUGCUACUUCUGUCUGCCCGUGGUGUUCACUUUGCUCUGUCAGCUGGCCACCUGUCACGUGUCGGCCAGCGAUGGCAGCGGCGGUCCUAAGCGACCAGAGGAACGUUCCCCGUCUAAGAAGCAACAGCUUCAACACGCGCAGCAGGUGGAACGGCAGCUCAACUGUACAGUCAUGGCGUUGGCGGUGGUCUACGGCGUUUGCGCGCUGCCUGAAAACGUGUGCAACCUCACCCUUGCCUAUGCGCCGGUGCAAGUAUCUGAGGAUGUUGCCGCUCUCCUGGCUCUUAUCAAUCAGUUCUUCCUGUUCUUUAAGUCAUCCGUGACGCCUGUGCUGCUUCUCUGCCUUUGUAAGUCCCUGGGCCAGGCCUUCAUGGACUGCUGCUGCUGCUGUUGUGAGGAGUGCCAACCAAACAGUUCCUCCUCUUCCCAAACCACUGGAGGUGCUGAGGGCAAGCUCAAGACCACCAAUGAGGUGUCCACCUCCAUUUUCUUUGACAAAGCUAAGGACAGCUCUACCAUUUUAGCAAUUGGAAGUUGA